CCAAAGUCCAUUUUCCUCGUUUCGAAACACACUGCUGUUAAUAGUUAACUUAAUGGAUUAUUUACAAAAAUGGAAUUAUAUUUGAGCUCUAUCACGGUCCUCGUCCUGUGUCAAAUACGGGAGGCUAAAUGUGACUGGUGUCCUGGUCGAUGCCAGUGCUGCCUGAAUGACAUUUGCGGGGAUUACUUGGGCCAUAACCAGGCGUGUAAGGAUGGCUGCAAAGAUGGAUAUCAUCAGGCCCGCUGCAUGUGGCCCUGCUCAGAAAACUGUCAGUCUUGUAACCAAAUGAACAGUUUGUGUCUAAUAUGUAAGCCAGGAUUUUACGCACCAUCUGACGAGUGUUCACAUGCCUGUGAAUACAGAAACUGCGCGUGUGCUCAAACCGAUUGUGAUUAUUGCCUUGAUGGAUUUUACGAUGUAAGCCAACAUUGCAAUUCGGCUUGUUCAAAAGGAUGCAUUGAGGGAAAAUGCAAUGAUACUGGCUCAUGCGACUGUGUGGAACAUUUUAAAGGAAAUAAAUGUGACAUGUGUGAACUAGGAAAAUACGGAGAACUUUGCAAUGAUGAUUGUAUCAACGAUAAUUGUGAAUGCACAAAUUCAACCAAUUGUAUUUCCUGUAAGAAUGGUUAUUUGGACUUCUCUUCUUUUUGUUCAAAAUCGUGUUCCGUAGGCUGUAAGAACAUUUGCAACAAUGAAGGUCACUGUUCAUGCCAUUCGCAAUUUACCGGAAGCAACUGUGAAAACUGCAAACUUGGAUAUUACGGCCACAACUGCACCACUCAAUGUACAAAUGGUUGCAUCAAUGGAACGUGCAAUAGAGACGGGACUUGCGACUGUUUACCCAAUUUCACCGGUGCAAGGUGCGAAACCUGUGUUGUAGGACAUUAUGGUGAUUCCUGUGAUAAACCAUGCGGGCUAGGUUGUACAGGAAACAUCUGUAACAAAGACGAUGGCACAUGCAUUUGUGAAUACAACUACAAAGGUGCAAUAUGUGAUAUUUGUAACGACGGCUAUUUUGGAAUUUAUUGCAACUCAUUUUGUCCGGAUCGUUGCUAUAAUUGCUCUUCAAUUGAAAAAUGUUUAGCGUGUAAAGAAGGUUUUUUUGGUUUAGACUGCACACACCAAUGCUCGGCUAAUUGUUUAGGAUCACGUUGUGAUAAAUGCUGUGGCCUCUGUACAGAUGGUUGUAUGGAUGGAUUUACAGCCGCCGCUUGCAAUGACAAAUGUGAUAGCAUUUGUAAAGCAUGUUCUCAGACUAAUCAUAAACACUGUUUAUCAUGUUUCGGUGGAUAUAGCGGACCUUCUUGUAAAUGUCUACCAAACUGUCAAUGUGAAUUAAACAGUGAACCAUGCAAUGGGUGUACUAAUGGUUUCGAAAUCGAAAGCAAAUACUGCAAAUGUAACAAAAAAUACUGUGUUGACUACUUGAACUGCCGAUCAUGCCUCAAUCACUCGUUUUAUACAUAUAAUGGUACAUGCUGUGAGUGUAGCACAAAUUGCAGAAAUGGACAGUGCGUGUCAGAAGACCAUUGCUUAAAUGGUUGUGAGGACGGAUAUACCGGUGCAGACUGUUCAGAUUUAUGUAUACAUCACGAUGUGAAUUGUAUAAAAUGUAGUCAGGUUGAGCAGUUCUGUGUUAUUUGUAAAAGCGGGUUCUCACCAAACACAGAAAGUGUAUGUGCAAGACAAUGCAGUGAUACAUGUUUUAACAAAGAGUGUGAUGCUAAAACAGGUCGGUGCCUUCAAGGCUGUAAUCUCAACUUUUACGCCGAAAAAUGCGAUUUAGAAUGCCCCUCGACAUGCGCAUCCGUACCAAACAAAACAAGAUGUGACAAUUAUGGUAGAUGUUUACAUGGGUGCAUUGAAGGAUACACAGGGGUCACUUGUAUCAAUGCCACAACGGCGAAUACAGGCAAUUCAUCUGCUGGUGGUCUAAUCGGAGGAGCUGUAGGUGGUGCAAGCACAAUUAUAUUUGUGAUUAUUGGAAUUGUUCUGUGCAUACAAAGGAGAAAACGAAAAAAGAAACAAUCUGAAAGUGGAAGCCAGCUUCAAAUUCGUGACCCUAAUCCGUUUAUAAUAGAAGAGCAAGAAAGGCACUAUCAACAAUUGAGCGAUCGACACAAUACGACGGCUGGAGUACAAGAAGAAACGUACAAUGAACUUCAAACAAACAACACGGAAUACGAACGUGUGGAUAUCUAAAUGUGACAAAACUUCCUGUUGCUACCUUUAAGUUCAUGAUCAUGUGUAUUAUUUGAUUUGUUAUUCUUCUUGUGUAUGAACUGAGUACUAAAAUUUGUA